AUGCACUUCGCUUCUUCUAAAUUGCCACUUUCACUUUUAAUUUCAUUAGUUAUAAAUAUAGAGAUACAUAGAGUUAUGGAAGAUAUAAAUAAAGGAAAUUCAUUCUUUGUAGAUGAAGAAUAUGACAAGGCAUUAGAAUGUUAUGAUAGAGCAUGCAAGACUGACCCACAAUCCUACGAAGCUCAUUUCAAGAGAUCUCAAUGUCACCACAACCUCAACUCUUUCAAUGACGCUAUUGCCGAUGUAAAUACAUGUAUAAAAAUAGACCCAAACAAUCCAAAAGCCUAUCUCAAGAAGGGACAAUAUUUGUUUGAACUUGAAGAAUAUGAAUCUGCUUUAGCUUCAUUUGAAAAGGGACAAUCAUUAGAUGCAGAGAAUAGUCAAUUCAAGACUUGGGUUAGAAAGACUAAAGCUGAAUUGGGUCAAUCUGCUACUCCAACACCAGCAGCCGUACCAACCCCAGCACCAGUUGCUGUUGCUCCAGUUGCAGCUAAACCAGAACAACCAAAGCUCCCACUUCCAUCUGUUGGUACAAAGGUUAGACAUGAAUGGUUUGAUACCGCUACAAACGUUACUGUUACCAUCUUUGCUAAAUUUGUAACUGCAUCAAACUCUAAAAUAGAAAUUAAAGAUAAAUCUUUAUCAGUAUCAUUCUUGAUGGCAACUGGAAGUGAAUAUUUAUUUGAAUGUGAUUUGUUUGAUCCAAUCAUUGUAGCUGAAAGCACAGUCAAAUAUUCAUCGAUGAAGGUUGAAAUCUUGUUAAAGAAAUCUCGUGCCAUCAAAUGGGAUGAUCUCGAGUAUACUGGUGCAACUACAGUAAGCGAAAUUGAUCAAUCAACUGCAACCAACACCACCGCUUCUACUACCACUGGACAAGCACCAUCUGUAGUGUCACCCUAUGCAAGCAAAAAGAAUUGGGAUGAUAUCGAUGCAGAGGACAAGGAAGGUGAUCCACUCAACCGUGUCUUCCAAGACAUCUUUUCACGUGGCUCUGAAGAACAAAGACGUGCCAUGAUGAAGUCAUUUGUCGAAUCUGGUGGCACCGUCCUCUCUACCAAUUGGGAAGACGUUGGCCAGAAAAAGGUCAAAGGUGCUCCACCAAAAGGUAUGGAAAUGAGAGGUUGGGGUAAUGGUGAAAUUGUUAAAGAUCUUAAAAAGGAAGAUGAAGAUUGUUCAUUUCAGACACCAUUUUAUUAA